AUGCGACUGCGUUGGAAGCGGCGUGGUGAAGCCAGCAACCUCGAUCAAAGUGGGCUCAUCGCUAACCCUCCUCCGGUUGGAGUUAGUAAUGAUCCCAUCUCAAUCGAUGCCACUGGAUCCACCGCGCAACUGCGAGCUGAGCCGCCUACGCAACUACAUAGUGCUUCAGUUCGUUUUGAACCCACUGCACAGGAGUACUCUGCUGCUCACCGCACAUAA